UGUUAUUAAAAUUGAGAGAGGCAAGAAAAGAGCAAGUGUUAACGAAAACCUAAAACACAAUUUGUUGGUUUUCAUUUAAGGCGAGAGUGCGGUCUCGUAGUGUUUGUUAAUGAUAGCUCUGAGUGCAUUGUUAACAAAAUAUUACAUUAUUAUGAGCAAUUUAAGCAAUGGUCAACAGAAUCAACAGCAACAACAAAAUCAACAACAACAAAAUGCAGCAGCAGCAGGAAAUGAAGUUGCUGUCGGCGGAGGAGGAGGCGGUGGCGGAGCGUUGGCCCACAUAGAACCAUUGCAACCAGGUGUGGCUAUGCCAGCACCUGGUCUAGGUGCUGCUGUGGGCAUACAGCAGCAGCAGCAGCGACCACGGCUAAUCCUGCAAAAUCAACAACAUCCGGCGCAGAAUCCCGCCGCCGAGGGCAGUGGCCUGGAAAGGGGCAGCUGUCUUCUACGCUAUGCCAGUCAAAAUUCUCUCGAUGAAAGCUCCCAGAAACAUAUCCAACGACCCAAUGGCAAGGAUCGCGGCACAGUGGGCCAAUAUAGCAACGAACAGCACACAAAUCGAUCCUUUGAUGCCAUGAACGAAAUGCGAAAACAAAAACAACUUUGCGAUGUCAUUUUGGUAGCCGAUGAUGUGGAAAUUCAUGCCCAUCGCAUGGUAUUGGCCUCCUGUAGUCCAUAUUUCUAUGCCAUGUUCACCAGUUUCGAGGAAUCGAGACAAACUCGGAUCACACUCCAGAGCGUUGAUGCCCGUGCUUUGGAGUUACUUAUCGACUAUGUAUAUACAUCAACAGUUGAGGUCAAUGAGGAUAAUGUACAAGUAUUGCUAACAGCUGCCAAUUUGCUGCAAUUGACCGAUGUGAGAGAUGCCUGCUGUGAUUAUUUACAAACCCAAUUGGAUGCCAGUAAUUGCUUGGGCAUACGUGAAUUUGCCGAUUUACAUGCAUGUGUCGAACUGCUCAACUAUGCUGAACAAUACAUUGAACAGCAUUUUAACGAAGUGAUUCAAUUCGAUGAGUUUCUGAAUCUCACUCACGAACAGGUCAUCAAUCUAAUUGCCAAUGAUCGCAUUUCUGUGCCAAAUGAGGAGCGUGUCUAUGAGUGUGUCAUUGCUUGGUUGCGCUACGAUGUCCCAAUGCGGGAACAAUUCACCUCAUCGCUUAUGGAGCAUGUACGUUUGCCAUUUUUGUCUAAAGAGUAUAUAACACAGCGGGUGGAUAAAGAAAUAUUGCUGGAAGGGAAUAUAAUAUGUAAAAAUCUAAUUAUCGAAGCAUUAACCUAUCAUCUGCUACCAACGGAAACGAAAUCAGCACGAACAGUGCCCCGGAAACCCGUGGGAAUGCCAAAGAUAUUGCUAGUGAUUGGUGGUCAAGCUCCGAAGGCAAUACGUUCGGUUGAAUGGUAUGAUUUAAGGGAAGAGAAAUGGUAUCAGGCAGCUGAAAUGCCAAAUCGUCGCUGUCGUUCAGGUUUGAGUGUUCUGGGCGAUAAGGUAUAUGCGGUGGGCGGAUUCAAUGGAUCACUUCGGGUACGGACUGUAGAUGUCUAUGAUCCGGCCACCGAUCAAUGGGCAAAUUGCAGUAACAUGGAGGCCAGACGUUCCACUCUGGGUGUGGCUGUGCUGAAUGGUUGUAUUUAUGCUGUUGGCGGUUUUGAUGGCACCACCGGCCUCUCGAGCGCCGAAAUGUAUGAUCCAAAGACUGAAAUUUGGCGUUUCAUUGCCUCCAUGUCAACGCGUCGCAGUUCAGUUGGGGUUGGUGUCGUUCAUGGUCUGCUCUAUGCUGUUGGCGGUUACGAUGGCUUCUCCAGGCAAUGCUUAUCUUCAGUGGAACGUUAUACUGCCGAAACAGAUACUUGGACAGCGGUGGCUGAGAUGUCAUCGCGACGAAGUGGCGCUGGUGUUGGGGUUUUGAAUAAUAUUCUCUAUGCUGUCGGUGGCCAUGAUGGCCCAAUGGUACGAAAAUCCGUUGAGGCCUAUGACUGUGAAACAAACACUUGGCGUUCGGUGGCGGAUAUGUCGUAUUGUCGACGCAAUGCCGGAGUUGUGGCACACGAUGGUCUGCUCUAUGUGGUGGGCGGUGAUGAUGGUACCUCGAAUUUAGCCUCGGUGGAGGUUUAUUGUCCCGAUACGGAUACAUGGCGUAUAUUGCCAGCACUGAUGACAAUUGGUCGCAGCUACGCUGGUGUCUGUAUGAUUGAUAAGCCCAUGUGAAUGGAAGAGCAGGGUGCAUUGGCAAGACAAGCUGCUUCGCUGGCCAUUGCAUUGAUGGAUGAAGAGAAUAGUCAGGCUGAGGGCUCAAUGGAGGGUGCUGUGGGUGGUGUUAUUUAUGGUAAUAUUGCUGCAGUUCCUCAAGCAGUUGUUCAGCCAGUUGCGGCUCAACCUGUGGUUCAGCCACAGGCAAGUCAUCCACAUUAUGAGAAUAUUUAUGCACCAAUUGGUCAGCCAAGUAACAACAACAACAACAAUGCCAAUGCCCCUGCCAAUGUUGAGGAAUCUCAACAACAACAACAACUACAACAGCCACCACCACCACCACAACAACAACAGCAGCAACCACAGCCAGCUCCAAUUGAAGCAAAUCAUAAUAAUCAACCACAACAACAACAACAACUGUCUUUAGCACCACCCACACCAGCACCACAACAACGAAUGCUUCCCAUGAAUAAUUAUAGAAAUGAUCUAUAUGAUCGAUCUGCGGCAUCAGUUGGAGGAAUAGGAGUCGCUGCUGCCUAUGAUGUACCCAGAGCUGUGCGCUCCGGUUUGGGUUAUCGUCGCAAUUUUCGCAUUGAUAUGCAGAAUGGUAAUCGUUAUGGCAGUGGCCUACGCUGUGCACCACUCUAUGCCAAUAACAACAGUUCCAAUAGUCGCACAAAUUGCCAUCGUCAACGUAGUUUCGAUGAUACGGAAUCCACAGAAUCCUAUGCUGCCACAGGUGGAACCAUGCGUUAUGAGAAUAUCUAUGAACAAAUACGUGAUGAGCCCAUAUAUAGACCAACGGGAGGUAAUCGUGUGCCACUUUAUACGCGGCUCGAUGUCCUGGGUCAUGGCAUUGGACGCAUUGAGAGGCAUUUGAGUUCAUCUUGUGGCAAUAUAGAUCAUUACAAUCUGGGUGGUCACUAUGCAGUUUUGGGUCACUCACAUUUCGGUACUGUGGGCCACAUCAGACUCAAUGCCAAUGGAGGCAAUGGAGCAAGCAGUACAAGCAGUAGUUCCACCUCGGCUAGCGUCACCUGCAAUGUGCCCAAUUGUCAGGCUUAUUUGGGUGGGUCUACCAAUGGUAGUGCUAAUCCAAGUUUAGUAGAAGUUAAAGUGCCCGUCAAGAAUAGUGCAUCGAGUUUCUUUAGUUGUCUGCAUGGCGAAAACUCUCAAAGCAUGACAAAUAUAUACAAAACAGGUGGACCUGUAGCAGCAGCAGCCGGAAUAGCUGGGCAUAACUCUUCACCCUUGUCGCCGAAUGUCUCAAUGGAGCGGGCAGCACGCUCAGCCUCAGCUGGUCCUGUGGGUUUGGGAGCUGCUAGCCAGGAGCCAGAUCAAACGGAAAGUGUGGGUGCCUCAACUAGUUCGGGACGAUCCACAACCGGAGCCAUACCCAAGGUGAAAGUAAGUAACACCAACAAGACAGCUAACAAGGAGACAUCUUCUGUAGCCUCUGCUACACUGGAGAAAAGCAGCGGUUCCAUGGAAGCUGCUGUAGCCAAAAAACCAACAGCUCAACGUUCGAAUGCCUCUGGUGAUGGAGCUUUGAAUCGCAUAUCUAAAUCUAGUUUGCAAUGGUUACUCGUCAAUAAGUGGCUGCCCCUCUGGAUGGGUCAAGGACCAGAAUGCAAGGUGAUCGAUUUCAAUUUUAUGUUCUCACGUGACUGUGUCAGUUGUGACACUGCUUCGGUUGCUUCACAAAUGUCCAAUCCCUAUGGAACACCACGUUUGGGUGUUGGUUUACCGCAGGAUAUGGUUCGGUUUCAAAGUUCUUGUGCUGCUGCGGCUGCUGCAUCAAAUAUGCGACGUGAUCCCUCGACUAGGCCAUUGCAUAGCACCUUGAGUCGCCUGCGUUGUGGUGGAGCCGCAGAGAAACGUAGCCCAAAUCAAAAUCAUGCAAAUUAUCGUUAUGAAGAUCCAUCUUAUGAAAAUGUUCAUGUUCAAUGGCAAAAUGGCUUCGAAUUUGGUCGUUCACGUGACUAUGAUCCAAGCUAUCAUACACUGCAGCAGCAUCAGCAACAGCAACAACAGCGACCACUUUUACAGCGUGCUCGAUCGGAGAGUCCCACAUUUAGUAAUCAACAGAGACGCUUGCAACGUCAAGCAGCUGCAGCAUCAGCAGCAGCAGCAACAUCAGCUCAAAAUCAACCUCAGUCCAACACUUUUAAGAACUAUAAACUGAAUGUAGAGAAUAAUAGUUUCAAACCAAAGCAACAGCAGCAGCAACAGCAGGCAUCACCACCCGCUCCUGUAGACUUAUCCGAUGAGUUUGAAGGAGCUGUGGGUGGUGUUGCCGCCCCUGUGGAUAACUUACCAAACGAUGCAGAAUCUGCAGAGGCAGCUGUAACAUUGAGCGACAACGAGACUGAGACAAAUAAUAGCCAAAAUAAUGAACAAAAUGAGUAAAAAAAAAACAUUUUGUAUUCGAUUUGUAUUCAAAUUUGGGAAAAAGACUCCAAUAAUAUAAUACAUAUAUGUGGAGCUUGAAAACUGAUAAAACUGAUUGAUGCCACAAUUAUAUAAGAAAUCAAACUUUAAAACUUUUCCUCCUAACAAAAUUAGAUCUCAA